AUGGACAUCCUGAUAUUCCAGAGGUGGGAUCAAGUGUCUAAGAGGGACAAAGUUUGGGAUGUUAUUUCGACAAAGAGUUCGUCAAGAGUUUCUUUCAUCGAUGAAAAACAAUCGAGCAGCAAGGAGAAUCAGAGAUCUGGGAUUUCCAUUCGAAAUUUCCCGACAACUUCACUUUACAGUUCCGAACAAUUGCUGAAUCUAGGCUUUCUGGAAAAAUACACAUCAUGUCGCUGGCUGAUGGCCUUUUCAUGUUUAAUUAUGGUCACGUGUUCUGUUCUGUUACAACAAUGUAUGAGCAUGGCUGUCGUGUGCAUCGAAUCCAAUUAUGACGCUGGAUUCAAUUUUGACAUAGGAAACUAUUCAAACACGAAUGUAACAAUAAAUUCCACAACACAGAGAGGGCUGUGGAACAUUGUUUGGGACAGUGAGAUGGAGGGCCUGAUUUUGCAGUCCUCGUUCUACACAUACCCUAUCACGCCUUUGAUUGGCGGAUAUCUGUCCGGAAGAUUUAGUGGGAAGAAGGUGGUGAUUGUUAUGACGUUGUGUCUGGUUCUUCUGUCAGCUGUCUUGCCAAUUGCUGCCACAGCCAAUCCCUACACUGUUGUAGUUCUGCGAUGCUGUAUCGGACUAUCCGCGGGAGGUCUACAACCUAGUAUGACGGCCAUUGUUUCCAAAUGGGUGCCAGUGUCUGAGCGUGCACAGAUAGUUGCUGUUGCAAAUGCAGGUACGAUGAUUGGAUCAAUAUUGUCCUUUUCGCUCUCUGGAUUUAUCUGCAUGAUUCCAAUUCAUAACGGAUGGCCUUUCAUUUUCUACGUCUUUUGCACUGUCAAUUUUUUGUCUCUGCUGUUGUGGGUGUGUGUGGUAUACGACAGACCGGAUGAUCAUCCCAGAAUUACGUGGAAAGAACGGGCAAUCAUCAACUAUAAACGACGGGACAGUACGUUAGAAAAGAUGCCCUCGCCUCCUUGGAUAAAAAUCAUGACUUCCGGUCCUUUCUGGGGAGUCAUGAUAGCCCAUAUGUCACACGCCUUUCUUUUUACGACCAUAGGAACUUUCCUGCCUUUAUACAUGAGCGACGUUUUGAAGUUUGAGAUAGCUACGAAUGGUUUGUUGUCUUCUUUACCAUUCAUUGGUCGGUUCGUCGCGGCCAUUGCUAGCGGAAUGUUGGCAGAUAAACUAAUGAUCAAGGAAUAUCUCUCGGUAACUGCCACAAGAAAGAUUUUUCACGCCUCAGGUAUGGUGUUUUCUACACCCUUUCUGAUUUGGAUGAGUUACAUGGAGCAAUCCGAGAGGACAACAGCUGUUAUUUUAUUGGUGACAUACAGCACAGUUCAAUCAUUGAAUAAUUCGGGCUUCCGAGUCAACCACAUCGACAUCGCACCUAGAUUUGCCGGUGUUUUGAACGGCAUGACAAGUAGUAUGGCGUCAGCAGCUGCAUUACUUUCACCCAUCGUUACAUCGGAGUUAACCAAAAACGGCACUCGAGAGGAAUGGCAGACCGUCUUCUUUAUCUGCACCGGGGUAGGACUGACAGGGGCCAUGGCGUUCGUCGUCCUUGGUAGUGGAGUGGAACAGGAGUGGGCCAAGGACCCCAACUUGAACGUUGAGAUAGAUGUGUAUACCACGGAGGAAGAUAAAAGUAGGAUGUUAGGAAUUAUUGGUAACGUAACUGAUAACGAACAAGAUAGGGACGUCAACGGAAGUUUGGACAAUGUUAACGAAAUCCAGAAAGGGGCUGUAAAUAGAGCCUUGGAUGACCAGGAAAUUAAAGAGAUCAUAGGACAUGUGAAAUUGUGUUCUUCGUUCAGAUCCCAGUCACGUAACUUUGAUGUACCAAUAAAAGAUAACAAUGAUUCUUGUGAUGAUAAAAACAAUGUUGAAAACGAAAGAGAUUCACCAGAGAUUCAUAAAACAGACAGGGAUAAUCAAACUCCGACAUUUUUUCAAAGAAAAACAAGAGAAAAUUUAAGAUUAAAUUUUCCGGAAAGCAAGGAUCUAAAGGAUGAUACCAGUUGUGCCGAAAGUGAAGAACUAGGUGUUACACGUCUGUGAUAAUACUAGAAAUGGUACAUUAUUUAGCGCACUCAAAAUUUUCGAAAAUUAUUUUAUUUUUCCCUUCUUCACAAUCCUUAGGGCUAUGCUCAAUCCAUAUGCAUAUUGUGAUCGAUUGAAUAUUGUUUAACGUCCCUCUCGAGAAUCUUUCACUCAUAUGGAGACGUCUCCAUUACCGGUGAAGGGCUGCAAAAUUUACGCCUAUGCUCGGCGCUUAUGGCCUUUGAGCAGGGAGGGAGUUUUAUCGUGCCACACCUACUGUGGCAUGGGACCUCGGCUUUUGUGAUAUCAUCCAAAGGACCACCCAAUUUAGUCGCCUCUUACGACAAGCAAGGGAAAAAUAGGACCUAUUCUAACCCCGAUUCCCACGGGACUGCAUAUUGUGAGAUAGGUAUAUAAGUCUAUAGAACAAGGUACGCCAAAGGGGGUUAACUGUUCGUUUAUUUUAGGAAAAUAAAAUUCAUCAAACAUUUUACAGUAUAUGCAAUAUAUCUCAUUAUAGUGUUAAUAGAUAAAAUCUCGAUAAAUCUAAAUGUCGAGAUCGAGGCCAUUGGAAAAUAUUUCUUUUGAUGUUGAAGUUUUGAAAUCAAUUCUGUCUCAUAAGAAAGCAUUGCAAAUAAUAUAGAAAAGGAAUACCAUUUAUUCCCAUUACAUUACAUCAGGCUGAACGCCAAAAUCUACAUAAUUAUCAUAAAUGAGGAAUUGUAGUGUUUUUUAAAUAGAGUAUUUGUGUGACAUGGUCUUCAACAGAAUUCAUAAUAGAAAUGAUGUUCUUUCACAAAUUAAAAUAUCGCAGCCCCCUGAAUAAUGGACUUAUUC